AGUGUACUUUAUAAUCUCCGACAAAAACUCUUCACUAAAACCUCCGGCGAUGAAAAAUGGGCUUUUUUGGGAGACUCUUCGGUAGUAAGAAGCAAGAUUCGACGAGUAACAGACGGAGGUGGAGCUUCACCGCCAGAUCUUCCAAACCGGCGACUUCGAGUUCAAGCAAGAGACGUUCGUAUCCGACGGAACCUGUGAAUGAGGAGGAAAACGGAGAGAAACACGCGAUAGCUGUAGCGGCUGCGACUGCUGCGGUGGCGGAAGCUGCUCUAGCUGCUGCUCAUGCCGCGGCGGAGGUAGUGAGGCUCACGAGUGGAAACGGUGGGAGGAACGGUGGAGGGAGUAACCGGCGGUGGGCUCAGGAGUAUCUUGCGGCGGUGAAGAUACAAUCUGCUUUUCGUGGUUAUCUGUCGAGGAGGGCACUAAGAGCACUAAAGGCAUUAGUGAAGCUUCAAGCAUUAGUGAGAGGACACAUAGUAAGAAAGCAAACAGCAGAUAUGUUCAGAAGAAUGCAAACCCUAGUUCGUCUCCAAGCUCAAGCUCGUACACGAGCCUCUCGUUCCUCUCACUCCUCAGCUUCAUUCCACUCCUCAACCGCUCUACUCUUCCCUUCCUCCACUCCUUCUCCACGUUCCCUCCACACACGCUCCCUCUCAAACGCUGAAGUCAUCUCAUCAACAGACCACCGUGGCCACUCCAAACGUGUAGACUGGCAAGAAGAAGACCAAGACAAGAUCCUAGAAGUUGAUACUUGGAAGCCACGUCUACAUCAUCCCAAGCCUCUACGAAACAAUGAGUCUCCGAGGAAAAGACAACAAUCUCUAUUGGCUCCGAGAAGUACUGAGAAUAGUCCUCAAGUUGGGUCUAGUGGCUCAAGGAGAAGAACUCCGUUUACGCCAACGACAACAAGAAGUGAGUAUUCUUGGGGAUGUAAUAACUAUUACUACUCAGGUUACCACCCGAACUACAUGGCUAACACUGAGUCUUACAAAGCUAAAGUACGGUCACAAAGCGCGCCUAAACAGAGACUUGAGGUCUGUGAUGAGACCAAGAGAUCUGUUCAGGGACAGUAUUAUUACUACAAAACGGUUGCGGAGCAGAGUUUGGACGUUGGAAGCCCUGGUUACUACGGAGGAGAUGCUUCUGAACGGUUGAAUCGGAACCAGAGUGAGAAGACAAGGAUGCGUUCUUCGUUUCUUGUUUAGAUUUUUAUGGUUUUUAAUGUGUAAAUUUUACACUCUUUUAUUAACAAGUUUCGAUUGCUUGCAUAAGAAGGAACACGCAACUCUGUUCUUUUAUCUUUCUUGAUUAAUGUUCAAUCAAAACCGAACUCUAGAGUAACCGAUGUAAUUAAUGUUCGUUACUGAUUUUAACAAGACAAGAACUAUGAGUUUAAUACAUAUUCGUUUAGAUUUAAGACAC